AUGAGGACGUGCGGGCGCGCGGCGUUUUGCUGGGCCCUGCUCUCCUUCGCCGGGUGCGUCCUGGCCGCGCCGCGCCGCUACUGCGAGCGUGCGGACGUCGCGUGGCGCGCCUACCGCGCCCCUGCCGCCUUCGAAGCACGCGUCCAGUCCCUCGCUAAGGACGCGGCCACCGUCCAGGUCCGCCGCAUCUACCGGCGGCAGGGCCACUGGCCUCGCGAGGACGCCGUCAUCCGCCUCAAACUACCCCAAAACCCAUUGGAGUGCACCGGACGCUUCGAAGUGCCUUUGAAAAACCGACGUGAUUAUAUAGUGUUCGCCGAGCGGCGGGGUCACGCCGCCGUCGCCCUCGGCCCGCCGCUGAGGAAGGACAAGAACCUGGUCCGCAGGAUCAGGGCCGUCUACAUGCCUGGAUAUAGUAGUCAAGCACGCGUGAGCGCGAUGUCGUCCGUGAGAACGACGCGAGGGUCCCGGGUGAGGCUCGAGUGCAAGGCCAGUGCCCGUCCGCCACCCCGGAUCACAUGGUACAAGGAUGGGAAGCCGGUCACAGAAAUAGCAUUGAGAAGAUUCCGGGUGCAAAAAUUUAGGAGGCGCUCGGUGCUAGUGAUAAGGCACGCGAAGUCUGAAGACUCCGCGACUUACGAGUGUAGGGCCCAGGGCGCAGUGGGACCACCAGCUGUGGCCACGGCUAACGUCACAGUCCUGCUACCGAGUACAUCACCACCUGAUACGACGUCAUUCGGUGCUCCAUGUCCAAUGCCUGACCCUUCUUCGUACUGCCUCAACGGAGGUACCUGUUUGUACUUCGAGCCGGUUAGAGAACAGGCUUGCAAGUGUCCAGAAGGCUUCAACGGGCAGCGCUGCGAAAAUAAGGACGUAUCAAAUAGGAGCAGUAUGUAUCAUCACCCCUAUACGUGCAAACUGGGCCUAUCGACGUCCUACUAUUGUUAG